AUGAGGUUAACAACAACACUGCUCCUUCUUCUCCUCACCCUCUCCUCCUCCUCCUCUAACUCCACAGUCUCCAUACCCCAGAACACUCAGACCCCCACAGCCUCACCUCCCCCUACUACUGACCCUGAUAUUGUAGCUGAUGGGAACAUAGCUAGGGUGGAGAUUACUAGUGGUGAGGAUGUGAGUACACUAAAACAGGACAAGAUUAGGGAACGAAUAAAGCAAGUGUACCUGGUCAUACCUGUGAACCAGAAAGGUGUUUUAGAGUGUACGUCUAGCUCCUUCAAAGAUAAAACCCUCAAAUGGCUCAAGAAUGAGGAGGAACUAAGCAGUUCAACAGAGGGAUACAGACUAGUGGAGUACGAAGUGGACGGUAAAGAUACCAGUAACGCUGGUCUCUACACUUGUGUCACCAACUCUGAAGCUCAGACGGCAGUCAGAGUCUUUAUUGACGAGUCAUCAGACACAGUCUACCCAGAGACUAAAGACGUCACCACCAACAGAGGGGAGAGUUUCGAGCUGAGUCUCCCGCUAAAUGUGUUUCCUGUUAAUCUCCUCAACUUUCAGAUGAUAUUUACUGCAGCUCCAGACAAGGCAGCAGUGCAGGUGGCAUCCUACCCGGAGCAAGAUCUCAGUGACCAGGUUACCAUCUCGGAUAUCAGCAACAGUCUCAGAUUCGCUAUCUCCGAGUCCCAACCUCAACACCAUGGAAUGUACAAGUUCAUCAUAAGCUACGGAGACAGAACUAGAGAGCACAAGUUCUUCCUUACAGUCAAGUACAAACCUGAGAUUGUCUCCUUUCAACGAGUCCCGGAGUUUGUUUCUUUAUACGAAGAUGUAAUUCUGACGGUUAAUGUUAGCGGUUACCCAGCCCCCUCCAUAACCUGGUGGCAUGCUCCCUGCUGUCCUCAACAACAACCUGUCAACAUCAAGGAACUGAUAAUGGAGGACCCCAGCGAACUGAAUUAUUAUCAUUUGCUAAACGACGAAACUUUGCUUAACCUUAAGGGCGGAACGAGACGGUUUAAUGGCUCGUACUGGUUUGAGGCUGUAAACGAACUGGGCUCAAUAGAAUCUUCACCUACCUACUAUAAACUAAGGGGGUACAACAUCACGGUGGACUCAAAGAAUGAGAAGAAUGUAACGUCUCUAGUUCAGUAUGAGAAUGUUGGGUCCCUCAGCUGACCUGUGUUGUGUUCCGGGACCCUGAGCUAUCAGACCCUCAGAUUGUUUGGUACCAUAACGGGGUGACGGUGUCUGAUACAACAUCAGAGACAAGCGGCACG